CUGGUCCAGUACCAAAGUCUGUGUCGGUAUGUACGGUUGUGUACCUCUUUGAGUUUAACGAAAAAUCAACAACCCCCUUCUUUGUUGUAAACGUUGACCUGUGUGCAAUUUACACCAAUUUGCAAGGCUAGCUUAAACAAAAAAAAAGGCUGAGGCAUGUCGGAGCUGGAAAGGAUAAAACGGCUUUGUGCAAAAAGAGGAGAGCUGUGGGAGGAUCCGACAUUCCCGGCGGUACAGACGUCCGUAUUCUACCACCAGACGCCCCCGUUCCUUUUCCAAUGGAAAAGGCCGAAGGAACUAUGCCAGGGCUCGAGGCCUGUUUUCGUCCACGACUCCCCGUCACAAUUCGACAUAAGCCCGGGGAAAAUGGGAGACAGGUGGCUGGUAUCCUGCUUGGGAGUGCUCUACCUGAGCAAAGGACUUUUCUACAGGGUAGUCCCAGCAGACCAGAGCUUUAGUGGCGAAGGAUACGCGGGCGUAUUCAGGUUCAGGCUUUGGUGGUGCGGCGAAUGGGUCGAGGUACUGGUUGACGAUCGGCUGCCAACAGUCAACGGGAAGCUGGCCUUCGUCCAGACACUCCAUAGCGACCAGUUCUGGCCGUCCCUCCUGGAAAAGGCUUAUGCAAAGUUGCAUGGGUCAUAUGAAGCGCUUAAAUAUGGUACGAUGAUGGACGGUUUGUCAGACUUGACAGGUGGAAUAGCAGAGAGUGUCAGCUUAAGACAAGACCCGACCGCUUGUGGCAGACUCCUUAAUAGUCUCCUUUCUAUGACGACUAUUGUCACAGCUACUGUCCAACCACAAAACUCACAGAUAAGAAACAAUUCUGAAAAAUUGGCGAAUGGGAUUCAAAUCGGGAUCAACUACAGGCUGUAUGCAGUCGAAAGAGUAGAAACUAUAAGUGGAGAAGGCGUGCAGCUUGUAAGGCUGAGAAAUCCUUCUGGUGCUGGAGGCGGUGAAUACGUUGGUACAUGGUCAAGAGGGUGUACCCAUUGGCAUCAGGUGCCAGCUCAAGAGAAAGACCGUCUCGCAUUAUCGCACAGCCCAGAGCCAGAAUUUUGGAUGUCGUACAGUGAAUUUGUGAAAACUUUCACUCAUAUCGAGGCGGUGCAUCUAGACAGCGAAACUGCUCGUGAUGAACCAUCACUCCACAACAAGCACACAUGGCAGAUGAAAGUUUAUCAGGGUGCUUGGCUGAAAGGCGUAUCAGCUGGUGGAUGCAGAAAUAACCCAGAAACAUUCCACAUAAAUCCUCAGCUUCAUCUGAUUCUAAGUGAAAUGGAAGAAGUCAUCAUAUCGUUAAAUCAGCAUAGCAUAAUGGAGCCCAAGGUGGUUGGGUUCACAGCGUACUCUUUACCAAAAAAUACCACAGAAACUGCAGGAAGAUGUUUCUUCAUGCAGAACAAAUCUCUAGUCAAUUCCCAAUACACCAACAGUCGUCAGGUGAAUCUGAGAUGUCAAUUGGAACAAGGUGGUUAUCUUCUGUUACCAACAACAUAUGAGACAGGCCAGGAGUCAAACUUUACUCUCCGUGUCUAUUCGUCCAAACCUCUUAAACUCAAAUUGUUGGACACAGCACCUUCAAUAUUGAAAUCUGCCAUUGUGAAGGCUCCUGCAACUCUUGACAACAAAAGUUUUAGCCAAUACGAAGCAGUUUUUCUUCAGCUGGCUGAUGAACAUAGAACCGUGAACAGUUUUGAAUUACAAGAGCUGCUUGAAGCAUGCUUACCUAAUGAUUAUAUUAAAAGUUGUGCAAGCCUUGAGGUGUGUCGUCAAGUUGUUAUGACAAUGGAUAGUUGUGGAAAUGGACGUCUUAAAUUGACCGACUUCAAAGAUCUUAUGUGCAGUUUGAAAGCAUGGCAGACGACAUUUAAGAACCACACAAAAGAAAAGACUGGCAUAUUAAAAGCAGAGAGACUGCGUGACGCACUUCAUGAAGUUGGGUUUCAGUUAAGCACUGACGUACUUUCAAUCCUCAUAUUGAGAUACAUGAGAAAAGAUGGAACGUUGAGAUUCGGCGACUUUGUAUCAGCCAUUUUACAUCUAAGCGUCGCCUUCAAUAUUUUUGAAGCAAAAGACCCACUUCAGAAUGGAAGCGUAAAAAUGACAAUUGCUGAGUGGUUGAAAUCUGCACUGAUAUGCUAGCAUGCAACUGCUAUAAUCUCAUUCCAUUCGAAUGUAAAUACUUUGUAUAUUGUAAUAUUUAAAAAAUGUACAAAUAUGUGAAUAAAAGUUAUUUUUAAUAUA